ACCUCAAAGGCCCACCGCUCGGUUGCUGUUGUGCGUUACGGCGGAACUUCGACGGAGGAAGAAUCAGCCGCCGCGAAUAUGUGCACCACGAAGCACAAGCAAAAGCAACUCCAUCAGAGUCAGAGCAACGGUUGCUUUUCCUCUACUUUGACGGCCGAUGAUUCGAUAGAAGGCUGGAGGGAGGAGGCAAUCGCUGGGGGAUCGUUGAAGCAUGUGGACCUCCAAAAUGGGACGAAUGGCUGGGCAUCGCCGCCUGGUGAAUUAUUCAAUCUCCGUGGACCUAAUUACUUCGCGAAAAAAGUUAAAAUCCCGUCCGGCGAGUGGCUGAUGAAUCCUGCUGGGGUUGACUGGCUCAGAUCCAAUGCGAAACUCGAUCAUGUGCUGGCUAGGCCAGAUAAUCGAGUUAUGAACGCUUUGCGCAACUCAAAAAAUUCGGAGAAAUCAUCCAAGGCUUUCAUCGUGGCGAUAAAUCUACAAGUCCCCGGACGGGAACAUUAUUCCGCGGUUUUCUACUUCUCUAGUAAAGUAGACGAGUCGCUUGAUUCGAAUUCUCUGUUUUAUCAGUUCAUCAACGGUUCGGAUGCUUUCCGCAACAGUCGUUUCAAGAUUGUGAAUAAAAUCGUCAAAGGACCGUGGAUUGUGAAAGCUACGGUGGGGAAUCAUUCCGCUUGUUUAUUGGGGAAGGCGUUGAACUGCUACUAUCAUCGGGGUCCAAAUUAUUUGGAAAUUGACGUUGAUAUCGGUAGCUCGGCCAUAGCUAGCGCAAUUCUGAAGCUGGCGUUGGGUUGCGUGACAGCGGUGACGGUAGACAUGGGGUUUCUGGUGGAGGGGCAAAAGGAGGAAGAGUUGCCGGAGCGAUUAUUCGGCGCAGUGAGGAUUUGCCAAAUGGAGAUGAGUUCAGCAACGUUCGUUGACGGCGUCGCUCCGACAAGUAAGGUUUUGCCAAUGAGCAGUGGCGGUGAGAGUGAGUGUGACGACAACUAAUAGCUUUUCGAUGGAUUUACUACGAAUUAUCUGAGUUUCUUAAAUGUGAAUUCAUGGUGGUGAUGAAAAAUGUUGAAUCCCUUUCAACUAGGGGAGAUGACUCGUGUAGAUAAUGAAUGCUGAUGACAAUGUUGGGUUCUUUGAACCAUUCAAGAAUAAAUUUUUAUUGGAAGAGUCUAUUUGCUCUAUUAUUGCAGUUGAAAUCUCAUUUGUUUUAUAUACCAUACAGUGUUUCUCACAGUGACGGAAUAUGUUAGCAUCAAUGAUACAAUAACCAGAAGAAACCACAUUGCUUGCUGCAAUUUCAUUUAUUUAUUUUUAAAAAAGAGAUGCCAUGGCUGAUCGACUCUGACCUUGUAGGGUAUGCAUUUAAAUUGUCUUUGCGCAAUACCUGCUGGAUCAUAAAUGGCAUGUCUUGUAUUGUUAGCUUGAUGCCGCCUUUUGCGGUGUGAAGAUUGUCUCGAAAAUUUUAUGUUCAAAGAGCUAUUAUUGGUUACUAUUCUGGUUGCUUGGUGUUGUUGAUUUCUCCUCGAAUCUGUAAAACUGUACUGGACUCUGAAGUUUGCACUUUUUGUCUCCUUUUGGGUGGUGAAAUUGUCAUGAUGAUGAUGGUAAGAUCCAAAUGCGCCAAAUUGCCCAUAGUUCCAGACAUGGUGUUUUGGACCGUUAUCCAGAUUGCAGUCUUUGGUUUCUGUGAUUUGAGUGCACCUUGUCUCAGUAUCAAGAAAGCACCAAAUCCUAGCCUCCCUCCGGCAACAUCAUACACCACUUCCAGUGUCUUCUGCUGAGUAUUCCCGAAGAUUGCCACAGUGCUCGAGUCGCUGUUCCCAGCAAACGCAAGGCAUGCUUGCUUUCCAUUAAUGGCUAUAAGUAUCCCGCUGGCAUCCAAAUUGACUUUUGCGUUGCCACGGAAGGUAAAUGAUAUGGUUGGAAUAACUAUUUUUGUGUUUGUGUAAUUGCUGAAAUCAUAGCAGGUGUCCAGAAUCGAAUAGGCCGGCGCAACAGGGUACUUCUUCAUUUGCUGCUGAAAUUCUGUGCUCAGCGCGCUAUACGCUGCGGGAGGCAGGCGGGUGAUCACCGUGCCCGAGUCUACUAUAGUGCCUCCGGCUGCCUGGAAGACAGAUUGGCUGAUGGAUAGUGCGCGGCCGCCUACACUUAUUCCGUCAAUGUCAACAAAGUAGAAGGAAUUGGAUGCCGCCCCCUGUGAAGAGCUAGCAAAAGGUGUGAAGAUCACACUUCCCGAAGCCCGACUUCUUCCCAAUGACAAGUGCCCCGUUGAGCUCGAACUUGAUGGCAGGCAGUACGAGAAGUAUUUCCCGUAAGUUCCUGCGGUUUGGGAGACAACCGACAGCUGAUCUCUCCCGAGCCCGAUCAAUCCUGCAGUAUUGCCAAACAGCCCCUGGUUGUUCUGCCCGCAGCCGAAGAAAAAGUUCUGAAACACCGCGGAUUUACUUAUGGUGAGUGUGUCUUUGCUCAAGAAUCCCACUGAGAAUGACUGGUCGCCGUACUGAAUGCCGUACACGCACGUCUUGGUGGAGCAGCCGGGAGUGUUGCCGGUGGCGGAGCUGAGCUGAGAGCACUGCGAGGAGGCGCAGGACACGUUGGAAUAGGAACUCGACGAAGACGGGUUGAAGAUAGGAUCCUGCUGUUGGUAGCACGAUCGAGCACACGGCUGGCAUUGCGUCCACGUCAGAUCGCUGCCGGUGUCGAAGAUGAGUGACAGGGUUUUAGGCGGCGUCCCAAGGCCGACCCUGACGAUGUAAUUGCCCGAGCCGAGUGAUCGCCCUGGCUGCACCGGAAGGUCGACUUUCCUGUCCUUGUAUUUGUUCCUCUUGCCGGCCCGAGUGAUUUCGUAGCUCGGGGCGAGCUUGGCCUGGAUCGACUCAACCCGGGAUUCGUCGGCAGCGAGGAUCUCGGCCAGGGAUGGUGGUGUGGUGAGGUGGGGUACAGAACAGGGGCCAUGCCUGUGAACCACCUGCAAUGUUGAUGACCUCUGCUUGGAACCUGCUGCAGAUUCAUGUAAGUUAAUAAGCUUUAAAACACAUUGAUUAUAUGUA